AUGGUCCUUGCCCUCGCCGGCCUGCUCGCGAGCAAUGAAAAGCCGCGGCGAGGCGACUCGGUGCCGGGGCGGCUGAAAGCAAAGAACCGGCAUCCUCUGGAAGGCUAUUGCAUGCUCUACUCCGACUACUUUGCUGACACUCCAUUGCACGGCGACAAACCGCCGCCACCCCUGUCCAUUCCCUCCUCCUCCCUCGGGAUCUCCUCCCGAUCCAACCAGCAACUGCCUCCACCCUCUUCCCUCGAUUCCCCGUCGCUCCAAUCACCAGCUCCCUCUGUCCUCCCUCGUCGUGCGCGCCCAUCCACGAGCAGCCCAAGCCGCAUCAGCCAGCCGCAGGACCUCCCUGCUCGAUCUUGUGCUCGGGGCGCCCGAGUUCCUCGCCCGCUAUCACCGGAGGAGCACCAAGGCCUCACCUCUUCCUCCUGUUUCUUUCUCCCUCUCUCAUAUCUCUUCCCUCACCCCGAGCUCCUUUGUCUCUGUGCCUACAGGAGCUUCCGCCGUCGCGCCGUGGUGUCGUUCCCCUGCUUCGUCACGUCCGGGGCCUCUACCUCGCCGGAGCACCACGUCGCCCGCUCGUUCCCCUGCUUCAAUAGAGCGCGACGCCAUGCCGGCGCCUCCUGCAUCGCGCCCUGUCGCCUGCUGCCUCCUCUCAUCGCCGCCGGCCACCUCUCCGAGCAGAGCCGCCGGACCAGACCACGCCGUCGCCAUGGCCUUCAUCGCCGCGAUGCCCAGCUCGCCUCCGCCCGGUUCCUGGACGGACCCGCCCUCCGGCCUCACCUUCUGCCACUGAAGACCCGCGCUGGGGUCUGCUUGGCUGCGCCGCCUCGCAGGCCCUCUGCUCCCCUGCGCCUUGUCCCCGACGCCGGCGAGCCCAGUCGCCAUUCCUUCGCCAAGUCCCUCGCCAGCCGGAGCUCUUCUUCGCCGCCAGCAGUAGCAGCAGCAACCAGUGCAGCCCCAAGCGCCUGGGGUUUCUCUUGCCCUCCAGCCGCCGUGCCCGCACGCUUCUGGCGAAUCUCCGGAGCCGAGCCGCCGCCGUCCUGUUCGACUCCCACCAUCAGGAACCGGCUCCCCUCGUCAGAUCCGGUGGAUCCUCGGCGCCGUGCGCCGCCUGUAGGCCCCAUCUCGCUGCACCUCCAUCCGUUCCUUGCGCCCACCGCCGAAGUCCAUCAUGCCCAGCCGCCGGCGCUUGAACCUGCUCCUUCCUCUGUUCUUCAGUAAUGAGAGCAGCAGCAGUUGGCUUGUCCCGCGCGUUGACCGCGCUACGCCAGCGCCUGGGCUGCGUCCCGCGAGCCGACCCAGCAGCUGCAUCCUGUCGGCCUGCUGCUACCUCUCCACAGUUCUGGGCUGAGGCCCAUGGUGCGCAGCACCCCCAGCCCCUUCUCUCUGUUUAGCCCAGUUCAG